GCCCCCAGAAAUGUAACUUCUACGACGAGUUUCCUUUUAAUUCUACGUGAAUUAUAUGUGUAUUGGUGUUUGAUUUAGUGUAAGGCGAGGUUGAUGAUAUUAUUGGUGAUAGAGAAUAACGAAAAGAACCAAGAAAUUACGAAAAGAACAAAGAAAUAUGGCAGAACAAGUGAGUUUUGUGCAGAGUGAAGACUGCGAGGCGAUGCAGGAAGAGGUUGUGAACACCUCUUAUGUGUGCGGAGAAUGUUUCCACGUCUUUUCCACCAUGGUGGAUUUUACAGCCCACGAUUGUACUGUAAAUGGAGGAGGGGCUUUCAUGGGCCAGGAUGAGAGCCAGUACCAAGAACAAAUUAUACAUGAAGAGAGGAGUGAAGGCACAGGACAGGCAGAGACUGAAGCAGACAUGGAGGCAGCUGUUGCCAGCAUCCUUGUGGAGAAGAUGAAGCAGAAGGCACCCCAAAAGCAGACAUUCCAUGUGGUUCACUUGGAAGAGAAGCAGUUAGAAGAGGUGGCGUCUGGGCAGUUUGAGGAACCCACUAUUGAACACACCAGUAUCAUAGACUACCAGACAGAACCAGAUCCCCUGCUCCACAUUGUUGAACACACAGAUCAGCUUGAACCGGGGAUGGUUAUAGAAAGCAUGGAGAUCCCUUCAACUAAUGUAUACAUCUAUGAUAAUCCAUUUUAUCUCAAUCGUUUGAUGAAAGAUAAUACCUGUGGCAGGAGGGCUAGGCAUGAUGCACCAUACACACAUCGGCUAGGACCUUGGGAUGAUAGGUCAAGCAGACUCCUUAUCCAGUUAUUGAAGGAAUACCCAAAAGCCUUUUUCAUAAUGGGGAAGAACUCCAAGAGAACAGAAGCAUGGGAGAUGAUCCGUUACAAGCUCAGUGAAGCUGGAUAUCAUUUUACCGUGUUGCAGAUACGAAUGCGGUGGAGAGAACUGUGCAAGAGGUAUCGCAAUAUUGUUAAUCACAAUGAUUUGCACAAAACUCGUCGCUCCUGCCAGUUCUUUGAGGAACUAAAUGAUCUUUUUGGAAUCUGGGAUAGCAAAGCAACAGAAAUCCUGAUCAAGGAGCUGGGAGCAAACGGUACCAAGCGUCUAGGUCAGAAUGGAGGGACUCGCAUGAGGUUUAAGGCCUGGCAACAUAUUUCCGAUGUCCUGGCAGAGAGUGGAUACAGGUUCACAGCAGAUCAGGUGCAUGGAAGAUGGAAUGCCUUAGUGAUGCUGUACAGAAGGAUGGUCAACCACAAUGCAAAUUCCAACAAUGAACCUAUGACAAUUGCUUUCAAGGAGUCUGUGGAAAGUGUGUUUAGCUACACUCCAGACAGCAAGAUAUUUGAAAAGUGUGAAAAGCAGCUUAAUGAGAGAAUGAAAUGGACACCAUCCCUCGAGCGAUGUCUCUUAACAGCUUAUAAAAAUUUGGUUGACAGCCCCAAGAAAGAGCAAACAAAAAACAAUGAACUCUGGCAGAGGAUUGCUACAUAUUUAGAGAAAGAAGCCAGUUAUGUUACAACUACAGAAAGAGUAAAGACUCGUUUCUAUGAGCUGGCAAAGCAGUAUGCAGCCAUGUUGCAGCAUAAUUCUGACCCAGGGACACUUCAUCGCGAGUCAAGACAUCAUGAAAUAUUGGCUGAGAUUUACAGCAGAUACAAUUGUUGGCCACAUGAUGGCUCCAUUAUUAAACUUGACAAAUCCAAUGCAAUACGACUGAGACAAUUAGAUGCCCAGCUUCUCUGGAGUGAAGAGGAGUCCAUUGCAGUAUUACAGCUCUACCCGAAUGUCUUGCUAGAUCACAUUAGUAACAGUGAUCAGCCUCAGCCACCAGAGGAAUUGUGGGUUCAGUUGGCCAAGGCAUUAUAUGCUUCAGAUGGUUAUGUGAAGGCUCCCUAUGAGAUAUACAAGAACAGGCUCUACAAUAGCAAGAAAAAGGUGACAGAGAAUGCAAAGACUUUUCCCUACAUGGACAGAAUGACGGAACUGCGGAUAAUUUCCAGCCAGCCAGGAGUGAACACUGAUGAAUGCCGUGAAUAUUUCUUCCUUCUGCAAAAGAUAUACAAGAACAGGCUCUACAAUAGCAAGAAAAAGGUGACAGAGAAUGCAAAGACUUUUCCCUAUAUGGACAGAAUGACGGAACUGCGGAUAAUUUCCAGCCAGCCAGGAGUGAACAGUAAGUGUUAUACAGCUGAUGAAUGCCGUGAAUAUUUCUUCCUUCUGCAAAAGAUAUACAAGAACAGGCUCUACAAUAGCAAGAAAAAGGUGACAGAGAAUGCAAAGACUUUUCCCUACAUGGACAGAAUGACGGAACUGCGGAUAAUUUCCAGCCAGCCAGGAGUGAACAAAAUAAGCGACAAGUGUUCAGCUGUCCUCUCUGCAGCUGCGUCUCAACUGACAGCUGUGAAAGAGUGUGAUAAGGAAAGUAGAAGGAGAGCGCUGGAGACUGCGUUGUUGAAAUGCAAAAUGCACUUAAGAGAUGUUGGUCACAUUCGCCCUCCACCAUCCAUUAGAGAGCUUGGAGGCUUUUUGAUGGCAGUUGUAAAGGAGAAAAGUGCCAAGCCCAAAGGGGAAAUAGAGGAUGUGAAAAAGCUGACAGAUAUUUUAAAGCCUCAUUUGGAUGUACUGGCUUUGAUCUCAGAACAUGGAGCAGUGCAUAUAUACCAUGACUACCAAGCAGAAGCUUUAAAGAGCAGAGAUAAAGAAUAUGAAAGAAGAAAAAUUAAAGCGAUUGGUGUACAAUGGACGAAUGACAACACUCGCAUUAUGUUGGAAACUAUCAAGGAAUGGCUCCUUCUCUGCCAUGAUAAUCGAGAAAUGGAAGAGGUUCUAGGAUGCAGUCAACCACUAUGGGAAGAAGUUGCCUAUAAACUGAGUCGUCGCUUUAACAAAUGCCCUCAGAUUUGUUGGCAGUAUUUCAUUCGGGUAUUUAUAAUCAUGUUUUAUUGUUUUUUGAAGAGAUGA